AUGUCCCUCCUUAGGAACCUCAAACACACCAAGAUAAUGUCCAGAGACCUAUGGAAUGAAUCAGAAGUGUUAGUGGAUAGGAAAUCAAAAUUUCAGGCAAGGUGUCAUCCAUUAUUGAAUCAAACUGAGAUUCCAGAUCUUUUGAAAAAUUUAUUGGCUCAAGAUAAACAUGUAGCAAAAGCAUCUCAUCCACAUAUGUACGCCUGGAGAACCGCAACCGUGGUACAAGCUAAAAAUGAUUCCAAGGCUCGGAAAACGUCGUCCAAGAAGAAAAAUAAUACGAGCAUUCAAGAAGAUAAUAUAAUUAGUUAUAAAGAUUUGCAGCAAGGUUCAUUCGAUGGUGGUGAGUCAGGUGCAGGUCAAAGGCUCCUGACUUUAUUGGAAAGAUCAAAUAUAGUGAAUGUAAUGGUUAUUGUGACAAGAUGGUAUGGUGGAACGCCCCUAGGUUCUGUACGAUUUAGACAUAUUUCCUCUACAGCUGUGGAAAGUCUGAAAAGGGGCAACUUCCUAUCAAAUUGA